AUGGAGAUGUCUCAGUUACUUCAGCUAUUUGGGCUACCGCAGCCUUGGAGAUGUCUCAGUGAUUUCAGCUAUUUGGGCUAUCGCAGCCAUGGAGAUAUCCCAGCCAAUUCAGCUAUUCGGGCUAUCGCAACCACGGAGAUGUCCCAGCUAUUUCAGCUAUUUGGACUAUCGCAGACAUGGGGAUGUCCCAGUUAUUUCAGCUACUUGGGCUACCGCAGCCAUGGGGAUAUUUCAGCUAUCCCAGCUAUUUGGGCUACCGCAGCCAUGAAGAUGUCUCAGCUAUUCCAGCCAUUUGGGCUAUCGCAGCCACAGGAAUAUCUCAGCUAUCGCAGCCAUGGAGAUGUUUCAGCUAUUCCAGCCAUUUGGGCUAUCGCAGCCACAGGGAUAUCUCAGCUAUUGGGCUAUCGCAGCCAUGGGAUGUCUCAGUUAUUUCAGACAUUUGGGCUACCGCAGCCAUGGGGAUAUCUCAGUCGAACUACCACUGCCAUAUUCCAUCUAACUGGGCUACCGCAGCCAUUGGGAUAUCCCAGCCAUUCCAGCUAA